AUGAACACUGAUAAUGGGCAAUGUCAGUUGUGGGGUGGUUCUUUGACCUAUGAAUACGGUGUUCUAGUACAAGCACUCAUGGCCCUAGCUGAUGCAACAGGUAAUCAACAAUAUAUAACACAUGCAAUUACCUAUAUUCACAAUGCUAUCAAUCAAUUUACACGAAAUAACAUUGUUUAUGAAGGAUGUGAUGAUACAAACACAUGCAGAGGAGAUCAAAUUGCGUUUCGAGGAAUAUUUUAUCUUGGUCUUGCUCGUUUAUAUGAACGUACACGAGAUAAUGCAAUAGCUCAAGUCAUUGAAGCAUCAUACUUUGCUAUGCUCUUUCGUAAAGUGGGCAAUCGAUAUCCACUCUCUCUAAUCAAUGAUAACAAUAAUUUUAGUGGUAAUGAUCUAAUUGUUGUUACCAUUGGUGAUCUCAAUCUCGCUUCUGCAAUGAUUAAAGUAUAUAAACAUAAGUAUGCUGCGCCAAUUGUACCUAAUAUUGAUGCAGCCGUCAAUGGAUUGUUGCCGUUUGAUGUCACACAUCAAGGAUUAACUGGAUGUGUGUGUGAUGAUGUCGGCUGUCCAACAGGACAUUACAUGCAAUGCUUUAAUGAUUCCGGUCACAAAGAUGUAACAGGUGGUCAACAUUGGAAUGAUAAAGUAUCGGCAAUAUUAAUCGGACCUGGUCAUCAAAUGAUGCUAUUUAAACCGGAGGGUACUGGUCACAGUGACUGGUUAAAAGGCAGUCGAUGGUAUGUUGGUGAUCAAUUCAAUGAUAAAGUGGAUUCUAUCAAUAUCGAUUACUAA